AUGGAGGAGGGCAUGGUCACUUAUCCACGUGGUGUCGAGAAAGUUGAAAAACAGACGCAUGCAUUGCAGCAAAAGAUCAGCGUUGAGGAGGGCCACGGCACUUCUGAAGAAUUGGGAGACUUUCACCGAUCCUUCACACCCAGACAGGUUCAUGUAAUCUCCCUCGGUUCAAGCGUAGGCAGCGGCCUAUUCAUCGCCACGGGUAAAGCCCUCGCCGAUGCAGGCCCUGCUAGCAUGUUAAUUGCCUAUUGUAUGGUCUGCAUCGGCAUCUGGGGCAAUCUUCAGACUUUGACGGAAAUGACCAUUGCUUUCCCAACUUCGGGCAAUUACAUCGACUAUGCUGGCCGAUGGGUAGAUCCUGCGUUAGCAUUUGGUGCUGGGUUUGCUGAAUGGCUUGGCUGGACGGCUGUCGUGGCCUCCGAGGCCACUUUCUGCGUCGUCUUGAUAAAUUAUUGGGCCAAAGAUUCUGUUCCGGAGGCUGCUUUGUUAACCAUCUUCCUAAUCGGCUGCCUCUCCGUAUUCCUGUUACCAAACCGCUUCUUUGCUUGGCUUGAAUACUUUGGAUCUUUAGUCAAGGCAUUUUUGUUUAUAUUUAUCAUCAUCAUAUCCGUGGCUAUCAUCGCCGGUGCUGGCCCUACUGGCAAAGUCGUGGAUGGAAGCAAUUGGACUAACUUGCCAGCAUUCAAACAUGGUUUUGGAGGCUUCUCCAAUGCCGCACUCCUCGCAAUCUGGGCCGUCGGCGAUCAAGUCUUCAUCGGCGUCAUGGGCGGAGAAGCCAAAUCACCACGCUUCUCCAUGGCUCACGCAGCCAACUUGAUCCCAUGGCGAACAGCCGUGUUCUAUCUAGUGUGCAUUAUCUUUGUUGCAACACUUGUCCCGUCGGACGAUCCAAACCUACUUGGUGGUUCCGGCGUUACCAGCUCGCCAUUCGUGAUUGCUGUUCAAAACGCCGGUAUCAAGGGCGUGCCAGACUUUAUGAAUGCCUGCAUGCUUGUGGGCAUUUUGGCAAUUGCGUUGGAGAGCAUCUAUCUGCCUUCCAGAGUAUUGCGAACGAUGGCUGUCCAGAAGUUGCUCCCUGGAUUCAUUGCCAGGGUAGAUUCAAAAGGUAGACCUCGAUGGGCAUUGGCGAUUACUGCUCUUUUUGCCACGGCGUUUACUUAUAUGAGUCUGAGUGCAAACGGAUUUGAGGUCCUCACCUGGUUGAUCUCAAUCACAAGCGCCUCGUUUUUCAUCAAUUGGGCCAUUAUUGGCUUCACAUCAUUCCGCUUCCACGCUGCUCUUAGAGCACAGAAAAUGCAGAUAUUCAAAGAACAAUACGGGUGGAGAUCAACAUUGUGGCCUUUGGCACCUAUUGUAGUCUUGACCGUUUCCGCCGUAUUGCUGAUCUGUCUACUUUAUGCUAGUUGCGCUCCAUUAAGAGGUGGAGGUUUUACAGCGUACAAUUUUUUCUCGUAUACCAUUGGUCUCCUCGUUAUUGUUAUUUUCACGCUGGCAUACAAGAUCAUACUACGCACAAAAUGGCAAGAUCCCAUGACGGCGGAUCUGGUUACUGGUCGCCGAGAGCUUACGACAGAAGAGAUUCAGCAGUUGGACGCUUACUACAGUAGACCAAUGUGGCGGAGACUUUGUGAGUAUAUGCGAUUGUGGUAG